AUGGGGUUUCGUGUCAACAUGCUCUGGUCUGCGCCAGAGAUCAACCCAUACAACAAGAAGGCCAAGUCGAUUCCGGUCUUCAAUCCCGUAGACAAAUAUGGCCGAGUCUUUUUCUUUUCCUACCUGGGUUUCUUCAUUGCCUUUUGGUCCUGGUACGCAUUUCCACCUCUGCUGAGCAAGAGUAUCAAAGCAGAUAUGCAUUUGUCACAGAAUGAAAUCGCCAACUCCAACAUCAUUGCUCUCACUGCCACUUUGCUCGUUCGAUUCAUCGCGGGGCCCAUGUGCGACCAUUUUGGACCCCGUAUAACGUUUGCAGCCUUGCUCUUCAUGGGUGCCAUUCCGACCGCGCUUGCAGGCACUGCCAAGGACGCCAUGGGCCUGUAUUUCAUUCGAUUCUUCGUUGGUAUUCUGGGUGGUACCUUCGUACCUUGUCAGGUAUGGACGACCGGCUUCUAUGACAAGAACAUUGUGGGCACAGCCAAUGCAUUGGUUGGAGGUUGGGGAAACUCAGGUGGAGGCAUCACCUACUUUGUGAUGCCCGCAAUCUAUGACUCGCUCAAGAAUGACCAAGGUCUCUCAUCACACGUUUCUUGGAGAGUCUCCUUCAUCGUGCCUUUUAUUCUCAUCACGGCGGUCGCUACUGGAUUACUUCUUCUGACAGAAGACACACCCACCGGGAACUGGUCUGAUCGUGCGGCUGCUGUCGCUCCUACCCAGUAUACGCACUCACACGUGGUCGCCACGACUGGAGGUCUUAUGGAUAAGCCGUCAGCAUCAGGCUCGAUUUCAUCAGCCGAUGAGAAGAAGCGAUCGCCCUCCUCUGUCGACAUUGAAUCGGGCUCCGGCGAUGUGCACGUCGUCGAGGAAUUCCAGCACGAAGUUGUUGUUAAGCCCACUUUCAAGGAGUGUGUCAAGGUCAUGUGCUCUAUCCAAACAAUCAUGCUCUGUGCUGGCUAUUUCUGCUCCUUUGGUGGUGAACUCGCAAUCAACUCCAUUCUUGGCGCCUACUACCUCAAAAACUUCCCUUAUCUCGGGCAAACUACAUCAGGCCGAUGGGCAGCCAUGUUUGGUCUUCUCAACGUCGUCACCCGUCCCCUUGGCGGCUUCAUCGGCGACUUGAUUUACAAGGCCACCAACAAGAACCUCUGGGCCAAGAAGUUUUGGAUUCACUUUGUCGGUGUCAUGUCUGGCAUCUUCCUCAUCGUCAUUGGCAAGCUUAACCCACAUAAGCUUGAUGAGAUGAUUGGCCUCAUCGCCGUCAUGGCCAUCUUCCUCGAGGCGGGCAACGGUGCCAACUUCGCCCUUGUCCCGCACAUCCACCCACACGCCAACGGUGUACUCUCUGGCAUCGUCGGUGCCACGGGCAACUUUGGUGGCAUCAUCUUUGCCAUCAUCUUCCGCUACCACAAGACCAACUACGCACAGGUCUUUUGGAUCAUGGGCAUCAUUGUCAUCAUCAUGAAUGCCGCCUUCAUCUGGGUUAAACCUAUUCCCACCGGCCAGAUUGGCGGCCGAUGA